UUGUGGCAUUCAAUUUGAAAAUUCAUUAAUAACUCUCUAAACAAUUAAUACUAAUUGAAUUGACAAUGUCUGCACGACACGUCUUAUUGCAAAUUUCUUUUUGCAUCGUCAUUCUGAAUAUUUUUGCACAAGGUGCGAAAUUAUCUCCAACCAAGCCAGUCAAAACGAUUCGGAUUUCCCCGACCAGCAGCAGUUACACGGUCAACCACCUGACCAAUUACGAAGUUCCAGAACUGCGCCAAAACUCGAAAUCUUUGUACGCAUGUAACAGUACGGAAACUCCGAACGUGUCGUUCCCCCAGGAAGGUGCCGUUGGGGAAGUAGUCUUCCUAAACUUGAACGGUUGCAGUUCCGUGACAGAUGACGAAUGUACUUAUGACGUCUAUGGCGAACAGAAUUUCACUUAUCAAAUGGUCUUCAAGGCUGGUGGAGUUUCCCAAGUCCCUCGUUUCAGGACGGAAGGGUCCUACACCUACUGCGGCCCGAUUGUCUGCCUUAACCUCUGGUUUGACUUGAUCCGAUCGCCGAUCGAAUUCCCGUUCAAUCUCACGGCUGGUGAAUACUAUGGCAUUAACUAUGUCGGAUUUCUUGAGGGGAACCAAUUUGACGAGCCAUCCUUCACCUUCGAGACCUGGGCGGCCGUGGGUGAUUACGAAUGUUCCCCGCCAGAAUAUGACCUUUUAGUUGACGAUCAGCUGAUCGGGGCAGGCAUCCAGUAUGACGAGUGUCCCCCGGGAGACUGUUUCUGUGACGAGGGCAAAAUCGGGGCUAAAAUGACGGAAGAUUUUUCAAAUAUGGAGACCUGUUUCAAAACCAGGAUCACGUAUCAUAAUAACUGAUCCCAGAAUGGGUUCGGUUUAUGAUCCCGGUUAUCAAGAAAUUUUGCUUCAAUUUUAUGUAUGAAGUUAGUAAGAAUUCGCCAAUUCUUAACCAAAAAUUAUAGCGUUAAUGAAUUCUACACGAAACAUUGACACAUUUGUAAUUUUAAUAAAAUCUAAAUUACC